AUGGAUAGACACGAAGGAUUCGACUUUGACGGUGCCAAAACUGUCAUAAAAGACUUAGCCCACUUCCAUGCAGUACCAGAAGCCAUGAAACUCCUAGAACCCAAACUGUUCCAAGAAAAAAUCAAGAAAAUCUGCGACAUUAAACCAGUAGAGAUUUUCCCACGGUCCUCGAAAUUUUCCCAGGCCAUAGUAAGGCCCUACCUACUUAAACCACCCCCACCGCCCGACAACCCAGAUGGAGCACCAGAGUUAACGAAAGAAGUGUUAAUCGCGAUCCUAGAAGAAGACAAGAAGUGCGUACCUGCCAUCCCGAACUUCCUCGAGAUUCUGGAGGAACAGAGAAAGAAGGGCUUCGGAGGGUUGUUCGCCGUGGAACAGAAAGAACCCUUCGCCACCAUGGUGCACAUGGACAUGUGGCUAAACAACACCAUGCAGAAGCUAGACCACAAAAAUAGGGUCAUUGAAAACAAAUUCGUGGAUUUCCAGGGUAUAUCCUACGGCAGCCCUGCUAGAGAUCUGCUAUUCCUCUUAAUCACCAGCGUGCAAACUUCUGUUUUGAAGACCCGUUUCGACUAUCUGCUGAAGUACUACCACGACAACUUCACGAAAGUUCUUAGGGAGUUGGGAUGCGACUUAGCGUCUUUUAGCUACCAGGACUUUGUGGAGGAAGUGAAGGCGGUGUUUCCUAUUUCGAUAAUGCACGCCGGUACGUUUUUCUUGCUGAUCAUCGUUUUCGGAAAGAAAGGAGUGGCUGCUGAUCCAACUCAGGCUGAUAAGUUGGUCAAGGACGAUCUCGAUCCAAAGGCUCGCGAGAAAUUCAGAUUUAUUGUUCAUGAAGCGUACAAAAGAGGGUGGAUGCAAUAGGAUAUCGAAAAUGUCUUCAAUUAAUUCCUGGGGAAGAUCAAGAGGUCUGUGGGGAGAGUAUUCUGAAAUGAUUUGUAAACAUAUAUUUCACCGCAUUUUCCUGUAUAUGGACAGGUCUAUCUUGUUUCCCUGAAUUCACGAUUUUUUUCAAAAUUAUUUAUUUAUUUUUAAUGAAAAACCCUUAUUCCAAGUAAAAAAGAUAGACUACCUCAAUAACGUUGGAGGUGAUCGAUCGUUUUCGAGAUAUUUACAAUUUUCAAAAUCGAUGAUGCAUGUUACUCAGCUCCUAGGACACUAAGUGAAGUUGCUGAGAAAAUUCCCAAACUAUGUGCUAUGUGCAUGAUAGGUCUUAUUUUUGAAUAAAAAUAAUAAAAAUGCAUUAA